UUUCCCUCUCAGUUCAUUCAGUUCCUACGGUUCAUCUCUAUCUCUCCCUCUCUCUCGUCCGUUGGAGUUGAGAGUUGUUCGGAUUUAAAACCCUAGAAAAGAUUUGCAAAAGUUACAAUGUUUGAUCGGAGGGUACUGAACUGUAAUCGCAUGAUGUAAAUAGAACCAAACAGAAGAAAAAUAUUUGAGAAGAUCUUCUGAGCUUUGCGAACGAAAAAGGUGAGAUCUUCUUUAGUUAUAAUUUUGAGUACACGUACAAAUCUGCCCCUCUCAUUCUUCUGGAUGGACCUUUUGUUGUGUAUGGUAAGCAACUUCAUAUGCAUUGAUCAUUGGUGGACUUUACUUUGGAUAUGAUUUUCUGAAAACCACGUUUCUUCUAUCUGUACGAUAAUAAUUUUGAUUGACCAUCCACUAAUUAUUAAGGAUGGUUUACAAGAGUGUCUUUGUCCUUGUUAACCGAGUUAUAUUAGUUAACCCCAUAUCUUGAAUGGCUUAGCAACUGCAUUUGGCUAUCUGCAGAAUGUGAGAAGAUAAUGAAAAUCUGAUAAUGAUCUCAACCCUACUUAGCAUUCCUGAUUUUUAUUUUUUUAUUUUAUGUAAAAAUGUCAUCAGAAAUCUUUAUCAUCUUCAACGAACACUCCCUGCUGCAUGUUUAUGCAUUGCACAGAAGAUACGAACCCACAUAUUUUAAUUUUGAUCACAUCAUGAGCAUUGAUACAGCAUAUCAGUAAAAAAGAAAAAGAAAUGUGAAGUUAAACGAUUAGAAGGGUGAGAUUGUUAUGGUUGGCUGGGCUGUUUGAUGCAGAUCAGGUUCAACCCUAUAUCUUUAAAAAAUGAUUGCCCUGGUCAUGGGGCUCGAGCCUUGAUUUGAAGUUGUGUAGAGUUCAACGAAGUUCUAUACACAUGCGCUGCGUUUUGUCAAAUUCCACUCAAUUUCAAAUUCAAGGCUCAAACUCCUUGCCCCUAAAUGCAGCAAAAGAAUUUUUUCAAGGAGGGUUUUGCUUUAUGUUUGUGGUAGUAUGAUCAAUUGUACAAUUUCUUAGCGUUAGUCCAGGUUCUGUCUGUCUAAGCUGUUGUCAUGUACUUUGCCAAUUUCCAUGGCAUGAGAGUGACUGGUACUGCAGCUAUAUGACUGAUAGUAGCUCAUCUGUACUUCCUAGAGAACAUUUUGAAGAUUUUCUCAAUUCAAAGUAAGAAAUCAGAAACAGAAAUUCAAAAUUUCACAAAACCUAUAAAGUUUAAAUGUUGAAUUACAGGGGUGACUUUCUGUGAUGAUGACAAGUGAUUCUUAGGGAAUAUCAUAAAGGAAAGGUGAUGUCUUCCAAUCUUCCGAUGUGAUUGAAUGCAUCUUUUGGUACAGACUAAAGUUGGCUUAGGGUUUCUCCUAAUGUUACUCCCUUUGCUUUAUUUCCUUUGUUUCCAGCUCUGCACAUCUGCUAAUGUCAGGACCAUGUUUCCCUUUACUUUUCAUUGCCUGAGCAAACAAGGGCUUCCUAUAUUCAUUUUCCUAUUGAAAAAAAAUCGUAGUUGUCCCCAUCAUUUUACAAUAUGUUUGGUUUGUGGAAUCGUAUGGGAUAGAAAAAUGAAUGGAGUACAAAUUUGAAUGGUGAGAACUGAAUUUGGACGUUUACUUUGUAAUUAUGGUUGCUUUUGCAGUCUGGGGAAAAUGACACUUUUAAAAAUAUUGAUUAUAUCUUGCUCAAAUCUCUUUCAAUAAACAGGGUUAUUUUGGAUUUUUCUUUUAUAAUUAUGGUUGCUUUUGUGUUCUUUCCAGGCUUAACCACUAAAAUAAACCAAAGACUUAAUAAACCUCAUCCUAGUUUGACCUCAGAUUUAAAAAAUAAUUGAGUGCCGGCUGUAGGCAGCCAUUGAUGCUGAUAUUUUUCCAUCCAAAAUUCCACAGGAUUCAUGGUUUGGAUUUGAAAUUCUUAUGGCGUGUUUGGAAGCAUGAAGUUCGAGUUCAAACGAGCAGAAAAAAACCCUUUUGAUUUUAAGCAAAUUUGAAUUCGCAAACAUCUUAUUGGCCCAUACAAUGAAUUUUUAGGUUAUAAUUGGUUUGCAAAGUGUCUAUUCUUAAGGAUAUAAUGAAAUAAGGUGAGAAUUUAAUAAAAAUUAUAUAAGAAUAUAACAAUUUAGGAAAAAAAUUCAUUUCUAUUUUAACAUGCUGGAAAUAGAUAUUGUGAAAUUUUCAAAAUAAUCUUUGCUCGUCUAUUUAUUGAUUUGUAAAAUUUGUGUUAUUUAUUCUUUGCUCAACAACACUUUUUCUGGUAAUAUCUAUCAUAUUCUCGUGAACCAAACAUAAUUUAAGGUUCAAACUUUUCUUUCAAACAGUUCCAAAUUUUUUGUGGAAAUACUGAAUAUCUAAGCAAAAAUGAUAUCUACAGGCAUGGCGUUUUAUGAAUCCAAAUGAUGAGUUUAAGCCAAACCCGAUUAAAAAAUUUCAAGUCUUAGCAUCCAAACAGUUCAUAAUUUCCAUGGAAAUAUAGAAAAUUAGACAGAAUCCACUCAAAAAAAAUUCAGGCUGUUCAAAUCCCACUUCAAAUUGAGCAAGGUCGCAAGUUCAUGUGCAGGCAGAUUGGAAAGAUGCCCUUUUGAUUUAAGAAUUAAGAUAAAAACCUUUCUGUGAAUUUAAAAUUAGGGUUUGGGAGAAAGUACUGGCGGAUCAUGAUGAGAUUUUGAACUUGUUAUGAAGUUUUAAGCUCCCAAGAUAGCAGCUGCUAUAGUUCUAAUCACAAUAUCAGCAGUUGCAUUAUGUUAUGUGGUUGGGACCAUGGGCUCAGCGAGGAAUGAGCCUUGUUGACCUCUUCACGUGAACCACGUUGCCAAACAUGACCCUGUGUUCUUUCUGAAUUACACAUGAAUGCCCCCAUUUUAUUUUUUUCCAAAAAAAAAAGGGUAAGCUGGUGGGUAUUUCAAUUUGCUGUAGAAAACAACAGUAGGAUAUGUUUGGCUGCUGGAAUUUAAAAAUGGAAACCAUUUGCUUCAACAGUCAUAACCUUGGCAAAUACAGGGGAAAAAAGAUUUACUGAAUCCACGAGACAAGGCUGAACUUUGAGCCUCAUUUACUGAACAGCCCAUUUUUGACACUGCUUGAAUCUGAAUUGAGGUGAAUUUUUUCAAAAUCUUCCCUUAUUCCCACUACCAAACAAGUCCCAGCUCUCAAUUUGAAGGCCUUGUCCGCCAAACAAGCCAAUAGGGAAAAGGGUCCCCUUCACUUAAAAUCAUCAGAGCAGAUGGCACUUUUUUCAAAUUACUCUGUUCCCAGUGGCAAAUUGGUAUUCAAGAUCCUUUAUAAAUCCCAUUCCAACAAGACCCAUGAUCCCCACACAAAAUGGCUGGCCCAUCUCCUCCCCAAAGAUCUCCCCUCCAUGCUCUUCAUGUUUUCUCAAUGAAGUCUCCAUCUUCCACCUUGAGCUCCAUGAAGCUCAAAACCCUAAUUCAUACUCUCAUCCUUUCCCACGUGUGCCGCGUCGCCCGGGCUCUCUCCAAGACGAAAUCCAUUCUCAUUGAGAUCCUCAAAGAACUCCAAUUCCUCCACUUCAUGCACCCUCCAAAGAACAAGAACAAGAACAAGAACAGAAAGGCAUUCUUUGGUUCAUUCAGACUUCACUAUAAUUGGUGCUCCUCUUCCCACGUGCUGCCCGUGCCUGCCCCGGUCCUGGAAGGGCUUUCAAAGCGUCAUUUGUACUAUGAUUCUGCAUGGAAUUCUUUCAUUUCAUGCGAGGAUCAGUCGCCACAGCUCUCCGGGUACCUCGAAUGGCUCGAGGAGGCAAAGGUUGAUGAGAAUUCCGGUGCUGCUGCUACCGAGAGAGAGAUCAACGAGAUCGAUCGGCGUGCCGAUAUGUUCAUCGCUAACUGCCAUGAGAAGUUCAGGUUGGAGAAGCAAGAGUCCUAUAGGAGAUACCAAGAGAUGCUGGCUAGAGGCAUGUGAGCUAGCUAGCGAGGGUCUUCAACUAGCUUCUUCCUAAAGUAUUCUCUCAUUUCCUACAUGUGCUACAUUGGUUUUGGGGUCGGGAGGGUAGCUAGAAAAGUGAUCUAGCCAUUGGCAUUGAGUGGGUUGAGCUUUAGUUUCUCCUGGUUUUAGUUUCAGUUUUACCUUUAAUUUUCAUGAAAUGGGUUUUUUUUUUUUUUUUUUCGGAGAAUUGUAUGUGUACAUGCAUGAUGGGAUUUGGGAAUUGAAUCUGUGCAGUUCUUCUC